AUGCAAUCUACACCACAACACCUCCGGUCACAGAUCAAACAUCCCAACGGCAGCUGUGACGUCAGAUCAGCGGAGCGGAGCGUGGCCAGCCCAGCUGUGUGUAGUGUGUAUGUGUGUGUGUGUGUAUGUGUGUGUGUAUUUGAAGUGACAGUCGCUAGCUUUCACACUAAACAAGGAAGUGGAGGAUAUGUGUCGACACUGACGGCGGAGAAAACGACAGAGACCCGUCGAUUCGUCCGUCCUGAGGCACGAGAACCAGCGGAGGGUGAGUCCUCGAGACGAAUUUAGACUGAGCACGAGACCGACCGACGGUUAAACGUCUGAACGAGCCGCUGUGUGGUCUAGCUAGCUGUCGUGAAACCCCCCCGCACUGUUUCCAGCCUCUGUAAUUCACUGUUUCUCUGUUUUCAUAAUGGUUAAAGAUAAAGAUAAGAUUCAAACAAAGAAGAAAGAGUAAAUAUCGCCGUACAGAAGCGUCGGAUAACCGUCCACGUCUCGAGUUUCAGAUGCUGCUCUCAGCCUCAGUAAACAGUGGAUGAAACGAUGUGUUUAUGGUCUGUAGGUCUGUUUCUCCCAGUGUUAGCUUUAAACAGUAUGGCUGUCUCCCAGUAGGUCUGACCAGUUUGCUACAGGAGUCACUGGUUUGGUGAGAUAUCAGCCACACUUUCAGGAGAGCUUUGGGGUUUUGGUUUCAAGUUACUAAGGUAUGAAAGGUGAAACCAGACAGGAAGCCACCGAUGGUUUAGGACUGUAAAUAAGACAUACUGUAUGUAACAGCAGCUGCUGGUAUUUUUAAUGAAAUGCAGAGAUUUCCUGGCACCCUCCUCCCCUCAUUUCAUGUGAGGCGGACAGAGGAGUAUUCAUGAGUUCCUGGUCCAUCAUGUUCCCUCCAGAGCAGGAGUGUGUAGAGACCUUCAGAGGGACAGGUGCUCAAAGUUGAAAUGUGGCUCUUGGUACUACCACUACAUCAAAUCCAAGUACAGUCAAUCGCCUUCUAUUUUACAGUGAGUUAUCAGUGAAAGUCAUAUGAAAUCAGUGUAUGACUCCAACGCUCUGGUAUGUGGUUGCCCGCACAGUAUAGAGCAUGGUGUACCACACUAAUGCACUUUCAUUUCAUCCUUUUUCCGAUAAGUUUCUAUUGCUAAUCCAGAAUAUGUGCUUAUUUCUAAAACUCACCUCAAGUUUUAUAAGAACAUAAUGAAAAGAAAACAGCUAAGUAAGUGUGAUCAUCACUGAUAAGACAAUUAAGGUGCAGAGUAAAGCACCAAGAUUAUAGUAAGUAAGUAAAGUUUAUUUAUAGAGCGCUUUUCACAAAAAAGUGCAAAUAGAUAAACAUAAAACAGUACAAAAAAGAUAAGUACAUAUGCAUAUAUAAAUAUGAAUAUAGCACAGUAAAUGUGUAAAUAAGUGCAGAUAUAAAAGAUGAGUAAAAAAGAAAUACAAAAUCCUUUUUGUUAAAAGCUUGUCUAAAUAAAAGAGUCUUUAACUGCUUUUUGAAGAUGAACAGAGACUCACAGUAAUUAAUACAGGAUGAGAUAAACGCAUGAAUGAACAUUUCAAGAUCAAUCUUCAUCAAAACUAUUCAGCUCUAAGAUGUGACCUCUAAAACACAUUGUCAGAUUAACUGGUUGUACCUGCAGUGUCAGUAAUUUUGACCUUUGUAUCCUCCAACGCUCCUCGAUUUUUUGUUCUCUCUGUUAACCCCUCCUCUUUUCUCUUUCAUUAUUCGAUCAUUAACUUCGACUUCCUUCCUUCUUUAUUUGUUUUUAGACUCCUGGUUUUUCCAUCUAGCUGCCUCAGCCAUGUUUCCUCCAGCUGCAGAUCUCCCUGCAGUUUCCCCUGAGAUGGAGAUGAGCCGAGGCAGCACAACCGCUCCGUCUGCAGCCGCGCCGUUAGCCCGCUCAGUGUGA